AUGUAUCGACGAUUACCAACUGCAAGUAUAAGUGGUGGGAUACCAGUGACUGAUUGGACAUUAGUGGGUGGUAGUACGUACAAAGCUGUCAUGACACAACCGAUAUUUGUCAAUCAGUUAUUCGUUGACAAUCGACGUAUUGUUCGUACACGCAUUCCAAUAAAUCAAUCCGAGUAUCUUCAAUAUGCUGCACCAUUGCAAGAUCCAAAUCAGGCACGAUAUGGUUUUCAGUAUGCUCAAGGACAGUUCGAAUCCUGGCCAUUGAAUGAUGCCAUGGUAGUUGUCUAUCACAGUUGGACAACAUCGCACCAUUAUAUUGAUCACAUUAUUACGUCGAAUAGAACUGUUUUAUUCACCAAUCCAUCAGAUCUUCCUAUUGGAACAUAUGUCAUUCAAGGACAACAGCGAUUUCAUAUUGAAAAUAUAUGCAUAGCACUUGUGCCCAACUCGUUUUGUUUUGUGAAUGCAACAAAAACCAUUUAUCUGAUGACUGAUGGAUCUUAUGAUCCGAGGCAAGUACAGAUUAUCACACCAGUAAAUGAAUUUGUGGUAUUAAUUGCUGGUACUAAUGCUACUAAUCCAGUGGAGGGCAUUAUCAUCGAUAAUGUAGCAAUACAACAUAGUGCAUGGAAUAUUGGUCGAACCCAACAAGCUGACUAUCAGGCAGCCUCGUUUCUUACUACUGCUCCGCUUUAUAUCGCCAAUGCAACAUCCAUCAUCAUCUCAAACGUUGAAGUCAGUCAUACUGGAUCAUAUGGAGUCUGGAUUAAAGAAGCAACAACUGAUAUCAAUAUUAUCAACUCGUUAAUUACUGAUACUGGUGCUGGUGGUAUUCGCAUCGGUCAAAUGAUAGCACCAGUUCCAACACCAACUAGUUCGAUAAAUAUAAUAUCAAACGAAGUCAGUUACGGUGGAAAUGUAUUUCCAAGUGGUGUUGGAGUUAUUAGUCAUCGUGCAAUUGAUGUUGUCAUUGCUGAUAAUAGUAUCCACCAUCAUCGAUAUACUGGAGUUUCAAUUGGAUGGGAAUGGGGAUAUAGUCCAUCAUAUACAAGUCAUAUAUUAGUUCAUGGCAAUUAUAUCUAUAACACUGGACAACAUAUUCUUUGUGAUCAAGGUGGCAUUUAUACACUUGGUAUCCAGCCAGGAACAGUUAUUACUAAUAAUGUGAUCAAGAAUGUUUUUAGCUAUGCUGCCUAUAUGUGGGGCAUUUAUCUAGAUGAAGGCUCGUCUGAGAUCGUGGUCGCGAAUAAUGUUGUAUAUAAUAUUGGUUGGGCUGGCUUAUUUCAACAUUAUGGUGCUAAUAAUACCAUCAUUAAUAAUGUAUUUGCACGUGUCUCAUUGAUUCAACCACCACAGCCUGGCGACCCCAUUCCAGACGGUAAUCUUCGUAUUAUGCUUACCGAAAAUCAUCUUUCAUGGACGUUUACACGUAAUAUUGUCUACGACACAUUUCAAGGAAGCAAUCAUUCUGCGUUUACAUCUGAUGCGCCAAACGUCUCGGUGUCGUUUAAUAACAAUGUUUAUUAUAAUCCUUAUGGCACUCCGUUAUUAUUCGGAAUACAACAAACAUCACUUGCGGAGUGGCAAAAAACUGGACAAGACAAUAGCAGUGUAAUAGCAGAUCCAUUGUUUGUUGGGGACGUCAAUCAAUGCGAGUUUUUUACUGUUCAGUCCGAUAGUCCUGCAGCGAAACUUGGAUUUGCAAAUAUAACUAAACUUUCGAAGUGGACUCCCGGAUGCAGUACAGAUAGUGUGACUGACAACAAUCAAUUUUAUCAUUGGUAA